GACACACAGACGCUGCACAGCGAGGACACACAGACGCUGCACAGCGGAGACUCUGGUCAGCCAGGUGAAGACGAAGAUGAAGAGUGAGCUGAUUUAUGUUUCCAUGCUGACAGUGAUGUCAGCAUUGCUGGUCACAAAUUCAGCUAAACCUGAAAAAGCAUGGAGAUGGACAACAGCAUCACCCAGAACAAAUUUACAGGGGAAGAUGUUCACUUUGUCUGCGAACAGAGGAGGAAUAUCCUUCUAUCCACCCUAUUUUUCUCCUUCCCCUUCCUCUUGGCCUGCUACUUGGUCUUACCCAUCACCCACCACCCGAGCCCUCUACCCCACCAGCAAUACACCUUACUACCCCACCAAACCCACCACCACCCGAGCCUACUACCCCACCAGCAAUACACCUUACUACCCCACCAAACCCACCACCACCCGAGCCUACUACCCCACCAGCAAUACACCUUACUACCACACCAAACCCACCACCACCCGAGCCUACUACCCCACCAGGAAACCACCUUACUACACCACCACCAACUAUCCCUGGACCACACCUCCUCCUACUAGAAGUGAGUACAUUUACAAACUACAUAACCAAACAUAAACACAGUAUAUCCAC